AUGAAACUAUUCGGCCUUGGCUUAUUGCUCCUUCUUCAAGGCGCCUGCAAAGCUAACAUGGAAUCAUCAGAUGCUCUCCCCUGCAGGGAUACAGCUUCCGCUGAAAAUGGGUCCAAAAUAAUUGCAGAAUGCUGGAUUCGUUCAUCAGCUACGUUAAUUUCAUGCAAGCCAAACUGGGACACGCUUCAUCUCGAGGUGCUAUCUGAACAGAACCAAAGUGACACUUUUUCUCUCAGGCAAACUCUUUUCAACCAUUGUGGUCAGUUGAGAGUCUUGGCCAUUUGGGAAGGAGGUCCUCUAACUCACCUUCAACGAGAAUUAUUCCACCCCCUCUAUAAUCUUCAGCGCCUUGUCAUUCGAGCUGGAAAUCUUCGAUAUAUUGAAAAAAACCUUCUCAUAUUUUUACCAAAUCUUCAGCUUUUAUCUAUAACAGAUAGUAAGUCUCUGAAACGCCUCAGUUUGAGUACUCUUGAACCACUGCCUAGUCAAAUGACUACUUUGGAUUUAAGUAAUAAUAAACUCAUUGAUGUUUUGCAACCGAGAGUAUUUGGAAACCAUCCACUGAGAAACCUUUACCUGCAAAAUAAUAAAAUUACUGGCUUAUAUGAAGAGAGCCUUCUUGGACUGUCGGAAUUACGUCUCCUACGAAUCUCUGGCAAUCAUCUAACCGGUUCUCUUGAAAAUGCCUUGGGCGUUAAUUCACCAAAUUCUUCUUCAGCCUUACUAUCUGUUCCUCAGUUAGAAAUACUUGACCUCGCUAGCAAUUAUCUCACGGAAAUAAUUGGUUGUAAAUGGUCAGGCGGAAAUGAGAAUAAACCUGUCUUAGUCAAACUUCGAGUUCUAAAUUUGGCCAAGAAUCGUUUCACUUGGUUUGAUCCAGAAGCUUUUCGUGGGCUGCCUCGUCUAACCGAACUGCGAUUGGAAGGUAAUCAUGAUCUAUUUCAUACUGGCAGUCUGCCUGUCGUUUUAUUCUCCUUUACACGUCAUAAUUAUCCAGCAUUGAAGCAUUUAGCUAUUCCACAAGAGUCCCAAGUAAACGGCGUGGUUGAAAUGUGCUCAGAUGAUCCAUUGCAGACCAGCAGUCGGAUUAUACUUAGUGCCAUUGAGCACUUAAAAAAACAAUUUUGUGAAGAGGUUGUUACUGAUUCCAUGUUGAUUGCGGUGAACUUCACACAACCAGUUACGAAUUCAACACAAAUUCUUGAUGCUUCUGAUAAUGAGGGCCCUGUUUUCCUCUUCAUUCGAAAGGCUAAAGGGUGGGUAUUGAAUUGUAUCGCCAUUGGUCUUCUAUUAAUUGGAGUACUUAUUUCGGGAAUCAUAUUCGCAUGCUUCCAUUGGGGAAUACAACGGUCGCCAACCGUGGUGCAAGAAGAUUCUCGUGAGUCCAUCAAACCAGCCAUUAUCUACGCUCCUUCAAAUAUGUCUCUGCAUAAUUUCUACACUCCUGAGGGUUAUUGUCAAGCCUACUUUCCCGUAGUUCAGUCUGCGUUAAACAAAAAUGCAGGGUUCAGUGGACUCGCUUCGACGAAUGGAACACCUCUAAGUAAUUUGAAUAGGCAUAGAAACACUUCCCACUCUGUCUAUAGCUUGUUGUCUGCCCCACUCAAUACCACUCCAGUUAUGCCAAUUUCGUCAACAAAGUUGAUUAACCUUCAACCCACUGGUAUAAAACAAGCUGCUGUUUAA